AUGGCUUUGGAGAAGAAACUGGCUAAUCCAAUGCGGGAUAUCAAAGUGCAGAAACUUGUCCUCAACAUCUCUGUUGGUGAAAGUGGAGAUCGGCUUACCAGAGCUGCAAAGGUUCUCGAACAGCUUAGUGGUCAAACCCCUGUUUUCUCCAAAGCUAGGUACACCGUUCGUUCCUUCGGUAUUAGAAGGAAUGAAAAGAUUGCUUGCUACGUCACUGUUAGAGGCGACAAGGCAAUGCAGCUUUUGGAGAGUGGAUUGAAGGUCAAGGAAUAUGAACUUUUGAGGAGAAAUUUCAGUGAUACCGGUUGUUUUGGCUUUGGUAUUCAAGAACACAUUGACUUGGGAAUCAAGUAUGAUCCUUCUACGGGCAUUUAUGGGAUGGAUUUCUUUGUUGUGUUGGAGCGCCCUGGUUACCGUGUUGGACGCCGUCGCCGUUGCAAGGCACGUGUUGGAAUCCAGCACCGCGUCACAAAGGAGGAUUCGAUGAAAUGGUUUCAAGUGAAAUAUGAAGGUGUGAUCCUUAACAAGUCCCAAGCAAUUUAG